AGUUAAGUACCUACUAUCGCCCACUGGUGGUUCCGGUGCUAACUAAAAUGGCUUUCUUAUAUGAAAAGUGGUUAGUUUCACAAUCAACAAAAUCUUUGUUGGCAGCACUGAAGGAAUAAUUAUUUUGCAAUUAGAGACGAGAUUAUAGUAGUGUUGAUUAAGUGAAUUGUUAGGACAUUGUUAUUGCCAGUAGUAAUAUUUCAUUUUUUUUUAAAUAAAAAAGACAAAAGAAUAAUACAAAAAUGAGUAAUUCAACUAUUACUGAUCAAUCCCUCAUGGAUAAAUCAAUGCGGAGUGUAUUCGUCGGGAAUAUCCCGUACGAAGCAACCGAGGAGAACUUAAAAGAUAUAUUCAGCGAAGUUGGUCCAGUACUUUCUUUCAAAUUGGUAUUUGAUCGCGAGACAGGAAAACCUAAAGGUUAUGGUUUCUGUGAAUACAAGGAUCAAGAGACAGCACUUAGUGCAAUGAGAAAUUUGAAUGGUUACGAAAUUGGUGGAAGAACACUACGCGUAGACAAUGCAUGUACAGAGAAGAGUCGUAUGGAAAUGCAGAGUCUUUUACAAGGACAGAAUACUGAGAAUCCUUAUGGAGAGGCAGUUCAAGCUGACAAAGCUCCUGAAGCAAUAAGUAAAGCAGUAGCUUCCCUUCCACCUGAACAAAUGUUUGAAUUAAUGAAACACAUGAAGAUAUGUGUACAGAAUAAUCCUAACGAAGCACGACAGAUGUUACUUCAGAAUCCACAACUUGCUUAUGCUUUGUUACAAGCACAAGUAGUAAUGCGAAUAGUGGAUCCUCAUACUGCUGUUAGUAUGUUACAUAAAGCUAAUCCAAUUCCAAGUGUGUUGACACCUUCAGAAAAGCCAGUGGUACAUCAGAUUCCACCACGUAUCGAAGAACCAUGGGCAGCGCCAAGACCUACACCAGUAGUUGCUAAUCCUCCUGCACCUAUUUUUGCAGGUCAAGAUGUAGAUCUUCGAACAUUGGAUAGACAGAUGGAUCCUCGUUUAGCAAGAUUAGAUCAAGAUUUAAGAGGACCACCGCAAACCCAAGCAACUCCGGUUGUUGUACCACCAAUUAUAACUGCUACUGCUGAUCCUAGGGGACCUCCUACUACUUUUACUCUACCAGAUAACAACCUUCCUGUAGUAGAAGGAGUGGAGAGCUUUUGCCGUGAUCCAAGAGCUGACAGAUUUGGUAGAGAUCCAAGGGAUCCAAGAGAUCCCCGUAUGCCCAUUGAUCCAAGAAUCGCUAAACCUACUCCUCCUGUACCAGUAGCACCUCCUAUCGUACCAAGACCAGUAGCAGCACCUACAGUUCCACCACCAGCUGUAGUUGUUACAAAUAACGGUGUACCUCCUACCACUGCUCUUACAACAUCUGCAAGUACUGCUACUUCUAGACUUAUGGCAGGAAUGUCACCAGCAGGCAAUAUACCAAACGGUGCGUCGGAUCAAGAAAAGGCAGCAUUAAUAAUGCAAGUAUUACAGUUAUCAGACGAACAAAUUGCUAUGCUUCCACCGGAACAAAGGCAAAGUAUUUUAGUUCUUAAAGAACAAAUUGCCAAAAGUACACAGCGUUAAUAAUAUAUUA